GGUCAAAAGAAAACUUUAUGCUGUUCAUCUGAAAAAAGAAGGUGCAGGCCAUGCUCCAAUCAGGCCUGAAAAGGUCCAUAUGGUUUUGUUUCUGUCUUAAGGCCCAUCUAAGCGUCGACGCUUUGUAAAUGGCCUAGUGGACAACGAAGAAUUAAUUUUCUGAUGUUCUUCUGCUUUGAAUUAAGCAUCUGCAACUGAAUGGCCAAGGCCAAAAAGCGAUGAGACCUGUCAGGUUUCCCGAACCAUCCAGCGGGUUCCCGGGCAUGGCCGAGACCUUCGACGGUGGGGUCUAUGGUGCUAUCAGACAAGCCGUUGUCAUUGGCAAUGGUUUCGCCGGCGCCGAGAAUCAGAGCAUUGGUUUGAUUCGUGCUCUCGGUCUCUCCAAUCGCCACUCCUUAUAUCGUGUUACGAGGCCCAGGGGAGGAAUUAACAAGUGGCUCCAUUGGCUUCCAGUUUCCAUCCAUAAAAAGUUAGACAACUUCAUGAGGCAAUUAUAUGGCAAUUCACGGUUUCAAAUAUCAAAUAAACCGUCUGUCUUUCCUGCUGAGAAGAUUGGCUUAUCUAGCAUUUUAGAAGCUGACGCUCCGCAAAUUGCAAGGAUGGCCCGCGAAACGUUUGAAAAGGAUGGCCCUUUGCUAGUGGUUGCAUCUGGACGAGAUACUAUCUCUGUUGCUGGCUCCAUUAAACGUUUAGCUCCAGAAAAUGUGUUUGUUGUUCAGAUACAACAUCCUAGAUGCGACUUGAAUAGGUUUGAUCUUGUGAUCACUCCUCACCAUGAUUACUAUCCCCUGACUCCUCAUGCCCAACAGCAAAUUCCUUGGUUUCUGCGGAGGUGGGUUACUCCACAAGAACCACCUGGAAGCAAUGUGGUUCUUACUGUGGGAGCUCUUCAUCAAGCGGAUUCGGCUACCCUUAGGAUUGCUGCUUCUGCCUGGCAUGAUGAGUUAGGAACUUUGCCGAAGCCUUUGCUUGUGGUUAAUGUUGGUGGACCUACAAGAAACUGUCCCUAUGAUGAGAAUCUUGCAAAACAGUUAACAAUAAUGCUUCAGAAUGUUCUUUGGAGCUGUGGGACUGUCAGAAUAUCUUUCUCUAGAAGAACUCCUGAGAAGAUUUCCAGGUGUUUAGUCAGAGAAUUUAGCACAAAUCCGAAGGUCACAAUAUGGGAUGGAGAAGGACCAAAUCCACAUAUGGGACAUCUGGCCUGGGCUGAUGCUUUUGUCAUCACAGCUGAUUCAGUUAGUAUGUUGAGUGAGGCUUGCAGUACUGGGAAGCCCGUCUAUGUAAUUGGAGCAGAACUGUGUACAUGGAAGUUUUCUGACUUUCAAAAGCGUUUGCUGGAGCGAGGUGUUGUUCGACCUUUCACCGGAAUGGAGAAGUUACAGAUGACUGAUAGCUGGAGUUAUCCCCCGCUCAAUGACACUGCUGAGGCUGCCAGCCAAGUGAUAAGGGCACUUGCUCAGCGAGGAUGGACAAUUCGCACGCGAUGGUUUCCUUGAAAGCCAAUUGGUGCUCUUUGAAUUGAUCGAGGAAAAUGGUUUGAUAAAAUGAGGAAACAUUGUGCAGAACCAGUUGCUUUCCUUUGCUAGCAUGGAGGUGGUUUUCUGGGACAGAACGCUUGCUGGCUAUGGCUGAAUCCUUUGACUUGAAAAAUCACUAUAAAUAGUUUCAACUAGAUUGUCUCCAAAGGCGGGGCUAGGCAAGGCGUGUUCUCACUUCUCACCAAUUUUUCGCUUGUUUUCCCCAUUGAUUUCUUUUUUAAAAAAAUCUUUUGAUAUGCCCCACCUGGACACAUUUUCAGUGGAACCUCAUACUUGUCCUAACCUGUUCAAAUAAUACGAUAAUACAAUGUGUAGUAAAAUCCUCCCUUUUCCCCCUUCCCAUUGCAACUAAGGAACUGUAGUAUUGAUUGAAAAAACAGAGAAAGAAUACUUCAAGAGAUGUCUCAUUAUUUAAUAUGAUUGAUUUAUUUAA